AGGCUCGGUGCGCUAAACUCAAAAUGGCGGAAGCGGAGGAGGAGAGUGUAACGGAUUCGUCCCUUCAGCCUGUUUCCUUAGCAAAGAAGGCGGCGGCGGCAGCGGCAGCAGCAGCGGCUAAAGCUAAGGCUAAGGCUGGCCCGUUCCCUUCCCCGGAGGCGGAGGUGGUGGCCGCCGGGUGGAUGCUGGACUUCGCCUGCCGCUGCCUCUGCCGCCAUUUUUGCGAGGAAAACCGGAAGGAUUUCGAGCGGAGCCGAGAGCUGGCGCUGACUAUUAUCAAAGGGUUACGCAAAAUAGAAAUUCAUCAGGUGAAAACAGUGUGCCUUUGUCAGCUGCUGGCAUAUGUCGGAGAAGGAAAGUUCCUCGAGUCUCAUUUUGAGAGUGAACAAAGACUAUCACCACUGGAAAAUGCUUUCUUGGUUUGGACUUCAUUUCUAAAAUCGCAAAACAAACAAGAGAAACUACAUGAAGAUAUCAAGCGCUUGAUUCAGAUUCAGGCUGUAGCAGUGUAUGUGGAGAAGGGAUAUUUUAAGGAGGCUGCAGAGGUCAUAGAAAGAUUAUUUCCAGAUUCUCUCUCAAAUGAGCCUUUGAGAAUGAAGCUGUCUGCAGUAGCAAAACAGAAAGAUCCAUACCAUCCAUUUCUUCAGUAUUUCAGUUUCAGUCUUCUGAUUGAAAAAAUCAAGUCUUACAUCACUGUUUUCUUGAAUGAUGAAUCUAAUAAUUUCCUAAUGAAGGAAGCUACAAAAGAGGUAGAAACUAAAUAUUCAGAAAAAAUCAUGGUCCCUGUAGAAUAUGAUAAAUUAAUGGAAGUAAACAUAGAAAACUAUUUUGAAAUGACGCAAAGAUCUGAUAAACAGUUUUAUUCCUUCGCUGAUGAAACAUUCAUUAAUCCAGGGCAGAUAAAAACGACCUUGAGACCAAAAAAGAGGAAACAAAAUGUUCUUAAAAGUAAGAAAGAGUUGCAGAAUAUUGAAAAUGGUCAACAAAGUUGUCUGUCAACAGGUCAAAAGAAACAGCGAUGGAGUUGGGAAGAAGAUCAGAAACUUAAAAAUGGUGUGGAGAAGUUUGGAGUAGGAAACUGGAUUAAAAUUCUUCAACAUUAUGACUUUAAUGAACGAACUAAUGUAAUGCUGAAAGACAGAUGGAGAACUAUGGUCCGAUCAGGCAUGGUUUAAACUGCCUUUUCCACAUUCCUUAGCUGUUUCCCUGUCCUUCCCUCACCGUGGUGUCUUGAUUUAAAUGUGUGAUCAGGUGUCAUUUUUACAUGUAAACUAUAUUUAUGAGGUUUGUAUUUAAUUAAUGCACGUGGGUCUAUAACAUUUUAAUGCUUUUUAUGCAUCUUAAGGUAUUCAGAAUUGCAGAGGGAAUGGUAAGAGGGUUUCUAUUUGAUUUUCAACUGAAUAGAAUGGUGACGCCAUGUAGCAUCAGAAUGAUUCAUUUGUAUCUCCUGCAUUACUGCAUAAAAUACUGCUACAAAACUAUUCUAAGGAUAAAAAUAAAAGAAAAAGUAAAACCCAACUGAAGACUUGAACAUCCAUGGACUGUGCUGUUAUCUAUCAUAAGCAAACUAAAGGCCCUUCACAGAGUUCUCCAUAAGAAAAAUAUGGCUAGUUAACUAUUUGGUGCCAAAUGUCAAAAAACAAUGAAAUUAUGCUUCUGGGAACAGGAAAGGGGUUAACUCCAGACAACUGUCACUUGUUCAAAACUGCCAGUAUUAAUAUUGUGCCUGCUUGCUUUCUUUCACUCUCUAGCUGUGUAUGUAUAUUUACUGGGCUGUAUGGAAAUGACACACAGGGGUUACAAUUAUUCUAGUAACAGUUCUCAGUAGUUAUAAGAGUGCUGCCUUUUUAACUUAAGCACUGGAAAAACCAAGGUUGGCUGGCUUAAUUUUCUUUUACUUAAUAACAUAUCCAAAAUUAACCACUUAUUUGUACAUUAUUUGGAAGAGAAUUGUAUUGGAGUGAGGAAGGUUUACUGUAUAUAGAUUGUUGUAUAUAGCUACUACCCCAGAGCCAGAGGGUCUAAAAUAGUGUAAUUAAUACCAUCUAGACUUAUCAAACUAACUAAGCUUCCCUUGAUAACCCAUGGAGUUGGUACUGUAUAUCUUACUUUAUUGUGAAUUUGUGAAUGGAAGGUAUGGUAAUAACAUUCCUGCAAUACAGUAUAAACAAUAUUUUGUAA